AUGACGAACAAUUCUAAAAGGAGAAAGGUCGAAUUGUCGGACACGUUACAACAGUGGUUAGAAUCUCGUAUUAGACCUAAGCUUCAGAUGAACUUAACUACUGAACUAGCCUGGAAGGAUAUAAUAAAAGACAUUUUAAAGGACAUUUGUAUAAAAAUUUUGGCUCCACUCUCACUGGAAGUCUUUGCAAGUGCGAUGAAUCGGUUAGCUCAGAUCGAUGAUAAUGACCGGUUAUAUUUAAUUGAAAGGAUACUUACCUUUACUCCAAAUCCUGAUAUGGUUUCUGGUGAAAUGGAAAAUGUGUUGAGAGAUUAUUUGAUGUCACAUCUUUCAACAUUAAAUAAUUCAAAAAUUGAAAUCAAACCAGACUUGAUCGAUGUGGCACAAGCUGUCUUGCAAAGAUCUCAUAAGGAUUGGAUCAGUACCUGCGAAGCGAUUUCAUCAUUUCUUAAGGAUUGUUCUACAAAUUACAAUACUGAAAGAAAUGUUUACGUUGUAUAUCCACACUUAUCUGACAUCUCUAGAAAAAUAUUUUUAGAUAAAGAGCAAAGAAAUAGUGUAGAAAGAUUUUUCACAUUAGUACAGGAUGUUGCUAGUUCUUUGGGUUUUAGGUUCAAAGAUUUAGUUGAGACUUAUGUAACUCCCCAUGAUCAAGAUAUGGUUCAAAAUGUUAUGAGUGAAUUAUUUCCAAAAGGAUUGCCAAUAGAUAAUAAUAAAAAACUUCGACCUCGAUGGCAUAAUCAACAAUAUAUGAUGUUUUUAGCUUUGCAAAGGGCUCCAAAUAAAACAUUGUCACGUGGUGAAUUAAUUAAAGCCGCUAUUUCCUUGGAUGAAAAAUGUAGUGAUGAAACAGGCUUGCCACGAUGUUUUACUGGUCAGACGCCGAGAAAUUCUGCUAGCGCUUGUUUGACAACAAAUGCAGACAAGUAUUUUAAAGUAUUUAAAACAGACUCAAAGCAAAACACCACCUUCUAUAAACUCUCAUUUGUUCCGAACGACCGUAAUGAUGCAAUAUAUCGUUAUAAACAAUGGAUGCAAGGCAUAAUUGAACACGAUUGGGUACUGUGUUUUGGAAAACCAAAAAAAUCAAGGACCGGUCAAUCUGUAACUAAUAACGGAAAUGUGAUUAUGCUUACUGUUGGUGCGGGCAAUCCUGUCCAUGUGCGAUGUCGCCGUUGUAUAGAAAAAUCAUGUGAUGCAAAAUUACCAGCUUGCGGUAGAUGUAGGCAAAGAGGACAUUUAUGUAUUUACCCGCUUAGAAUAGGUGUACACGAAAAAACUGAAAGGCUGAAAGCAAAACGUACUCCAUUAUUGUUGACAUAUCCGGAACAAACCAUUGAAAUUGAUACACGACCAGCAACAGCUACGAGAAAUAAGAAAAAGUUACAGCAACAACUAUUAGAACAACAAAAAAGGUUGGAUUCAGAAGAUCCUGAUAUAUGUAGAGCUAGUUUACCUGAUGAAAUAUUAAAUGGAUUAGACCUUUCAAAUGUCCCAAAGAGCUUAGAUGACGUUGUUGAAGUUCGUCCUUCUACGAUUCAAAAUGCAGGUAAUGGACUAUUCGCUAAACGUAACCUUCCUAUGGCAACACCUCUUGGGUUUUAUUUUGGUGUUCCAAUGAUGGAAGAUGAUUUUGAUAAUUCUAAGGAUAAAAUUGGUAGAGCGUCACAUUAUUCCAUGAGAUAUAAACAUACGAUACUAGAUGCUACUGAUGAGAAAGGGGAACCGUUUACAGAUCCAAAUGGACCAAUAUUUUGUCCUUUUCAUUUUAUGAAUGAAGAUCCAUUCGGAAAUAUGGUAUUCCUGGAAGGAGGUGAUGUGAAUCAAGUUAUAUGUUGGACUAAACGAGAUAUCAGAAAAGGAGAAGAACUAUUUGUUUAUUAUGGUGGAGAUGUAGAUCGAGAACAUUGGGGACAAGCUGGAAAUAAUAGUGAUCAACUUGUAAAUGAAUGUGAUAGUGAAGAGGAAGUAUUUGUAUUUAGUGAAGAAAGCGAUGGAGAUGAAGAAACAAUUGAUACAUGUGAGGACAACAUUAACAAUGUAAAUAAUAUUAAUGGUAUAGCCGAAGUAGAUGGAAUAGAAAAGAUAAUAAAGCAUAUUAUUAAUAUGCAUAUAGAAUGA